UCACUCGUACAGUUCCUCGACUGCAGUCGCCACUGUUAACUAUAGCGAAAUUUUACUGCAUAAGUAAAACCUCAUACUGUGAGAAAAGUUGAGAUAUUCUAUUCUUUGUUCACCUCUUGAGUAAAGUACACGUUUCGGAGAGAAGCCCAUAUUUUUUGGGUGUGACCUACAGAAGAGUGCUGUUACUAGCUGCGUUUCUCUUUCGCAACCGUGAAGGCUUCUUCUCAACUGUUUAUGAUCGUCUCCAAAUUGCUCAGUCUUCGAUAAUCAAGAUACGCUGGAAAUGGCAUUUAAAGCAAGAUUCGUGGCCUUUGCUGUUGUCUAUUUAUUCGCGCUGCCAUUUUGCUGUCAAGGCCAAGAGUUGUACUUCAACUCCUUUGAAGGAGACACGGUGUGUGUCUCUGAAAAUAGCUAUCUGAAACUAUCUUUCUGGUUCAACGUGUCAGACUGUACAGAGACAAUCACCUAUAGGUUGUCGGUAAAAACUAAAACUCUCAACGGCUACGAAUACGACGGAAGGGUUCUACGUGAGAACGAAAAAUGUGUAAUGAAAUAUAAUAAUUCACUUCGCUGCGUCGCUGAUGACGGACCUGCAGAGCUCUACAAGAAAAUAAACAGGUCACACGUGGAAACUACAUUUGAAUGGUCCUGGAAGAACUGUUCUUCUCAAAAGCUGGAAAAGAGCACGCGAAUUCUAAAGCUAAAUUUCUCGUGUAAUCCUGAAAAUGUGACAACCAAUUUAAAAAGAAAGGAAGAAUCACUAAUUGUUCCAUCAAAGGACAAUCAGCAUCUCUUUGAUAAAAAUAAUUUCUCUGAUAACCUUCUAAUAGUAGUUGUGGCGGGAAUCGUUUCCCUGCCAGUACUUAUUGCAGCUGUUGUAUCUAUUUUGUUUAGAUGCAGAAAGAAGACAUCAUAUGUAAAGGAUGAUAAAGAAUCCCUAAUUCCUCCAAACGAGGAAUCCGAAGACGGAUUUCUUGGUGGGCAAAAAACCAAGGAUAAUGACUUUCAUAAAUCAAACGAAGAAAAUAUCACAACUUUAAACCAAAUGGGGAAACCGGGGAGGACAAUGAAUCCAGAAGUAAGAGACGUUAUCCAAAAUCAGCGGAUGAUAAAAAAACAAUCAUCACAAAAUUUGAACAGGAAUCUCACUGACAUUCUACACACUCUGUGAAGCCUUCUUUGAACUCCAGGGAAUUCAAGCAAAGUGCUAUGUUUUAUGACACUACCCAAGUAGGACGGUGUGAAACGGAAACAAUGAGUAAUUAGAGUGGUCACUUGUUUACUAACCUGUGUGGACUGCACGGCCACGUUAUCCAGCACACGUAAACAAGAGUCAAAAGGCGGAUUGUUCAAACGUCAUGCUUGUAAACAAGCUCAACUGAACAGGCGAAGUUCGUCAUUAACAGGACCAAGUACAUUCGGCAACCUUCAUGGUUUUCAGCAAUAGCCCAACUUUCUCACGAUCGCGACCUAUUCCUGUCGUGUGGAAUUACUCAGCACCAUCAUCGACAUUUUGUGGCGUUGACUGAACAAUCAGUCACUACACUUAGCAACAUCUAGGGUAUCCCAAGAGUGUGGGCUUAACCAGCGUCCUUCCUCGUAAAGCUUCGUGAAUUUUUAAUAAUUCACUUGUCUCGGAUAUUCUCGAACACGAAGCCCUGCACUUUGUGCCAGUUAUUUCUGUUGAUAAUGAGCAGACGAGCGUACCGAGAUAUUUCAGUUGCUAAAUGAAGAGAUUAUAAGUGUGAGAGAAUUCACCGCGUUGACUAACCCUAAACCUGAAACUAUAUUUUAUUUUUACAUCAGACAAUUUUCACAGUAGUCAGUUUCUAAUGUAUGUUGACUUGUUCUAAAAAUCAGUUGUCUAGCUGAUUUCUUUCUGUCCAGCGGUUUUGGUUUCUUUAUUUUACAAGUUCCAAAUUUUGAAAUAAAAAUUAUAUACGAUG